GUUACACGUCGACCCGCUUAAGCGAACAUUUAAGUAGCUCAAUUCAUUGACACAGAAAAAUAAAGCAUGUAAUCAACACUGACGUAGCGGCUAAUUCUCGUGAACUAAAACCGCUUCAUUACUGGUGCUCAUAUGUUCCGAUAUCGAGCUAAACAAGCAUUGCUUUUUAUCGAUAUUAGUGGUUCAAUGAGCAUAAACGAACUAGAACAAACAUAAUUGUAGACCGCGUCACUUUUUGCUUUUUUAAAUUACUUAAAAAACGUUAAUUGCUUAUAAAUAAAUCUAUAUAACUGAAAGAAAAGGCACUAACUAUUAACUGAACAAUAGUAAUAACCGUGUGCAAGUAUAGAAAAGUGGAGAAAUUUGAAUGUAAAGAGGAUCGCGAACUUAGACGUGCAGAAAAGGACGCCGACGCCAAAUACAAAUUAAACGCCGCAUUCCAGCACCCCUUCCAAAUUCCAACAGAUCAAAAAGAUGAGCAAAGAUAUUUACUACUCGGAUAAAUACUAUGAUGAGAAGUUCGAAUACAGACAUGUGGUCUUGCCGAAAGACCUUGUGAAGCUGGUGCCCAAAACGCAUUUGAUGACAGAAACCGAAUGGAGAUCAAUUGGAGUACAGCAAUCACGCGGCUGGAUACAUUAUAUGAUACAUAAGCCGGAGCCGCAUAUUUUGCUAUUUCGGCGUCCCAAAACGGAGGAGUAAACCAAUACAAAGGCACCUUACACACUCACUCCUCACACAAACUCACACACACAUUCACAUGCAUACAAUACAUUUAAUAUAUACAUAUAAGCAUACAUGGAAGCGGCGUUCCAGCUGACGCGACAGCGCAGCUGCAGCUGCGACUGCGCAAAAGGUGGUAGCUGCGCAACUGUUGCAGCGACUGCGGUGGCGGCAACAACAACAACAAAAACCCACGCACACACAUACACACUCGUACACUUAUUUCGCAUUCCUUUACAAUAUUCAUGCACUCACUCACACCUACAAACCGCUUUAAUCCUUACAUACAACAAGUAUUAGAUUGCUUUUGAGAUGCUCUUUGCAUUCAUCCUUUGAAAUUAGUGUUGCCAUAUUUCUUUUUACACAUAUAGAGAGUUUGCCAUAUUUUUAUAUAAAUUUUUAUUCAGAUUUUUCCUUAUUCUUUGCUUAUUAGUCAUAACACAGUGGGCCUUUUUAUUGUAAAAUGCUUACAUCUCGCGCAACGCAUUCAAAACAAAAACGAAAUGAAAAAAGAAAAGCGUAUGAAAAUU